AUGGCUUCUCAAUCAAAACGCACAUUUCAAGUGGGAGAUGCAGUCGAAGUGUGCUGCAACGAGGAAGGGUUUCUUGGCUCAUAUUGGGAAGCAACCAUUAUCGCAACGAUCCGUAGCAUCUGCUUGGUUGAGUACAAGCAUUUUGUGGAGGAACAUGAUGAAUCUACACCUCUGAGGGAGACUGUCAAGAGGAAAGACUUGCGGCCGCUGCCGCCUAAUAUUGUGCCUUCUAGGUAUUCUAGUCUUCAAGGGCACAGAGUCGAUGCUUUUCUCAAAGACGUCUGGUGGGUUGGAACGAUUUCCAGGAAGGUAGACGCUGAUCAUUACGUUGUGUUCUUUGAGAACACUGGGGAAGAGAUUGCUUGCCCCCUUUCAAAGUUGAGGUUUCAUAUGGACUGGUUCAAUGGGGAGUGGGUUCCUUCCAAGAAACGACGUGCCCCGGUUACUCUAGAACUGUCAAGACCUGCCCCAGUUCCUUUGAAGAAGAAAGAAGAGUACUCCAUGCCAAAUUGA